AUGGUCCAUGGUGGCAUUAAAAGUGAUUACUCGUUCCUUUGGGGAGGUAGAUGCCACUUCAGAGAACUGGAGUUGAAACCUCUGCCCCAAGACUGUGAAGCCAAAAUCUUUCUUCCUGAGAUUCCCAUCCUAGAGUCUAGAUUCACAUAUGAAGGUUAUCAGAACACUGCAAAGUGGCUUUCGUCUUACACCAAACACGGACCUCAAGUGACAGUGAUCUGUGGUUCUGGGUUAGGAGGUCUGACUGACAGAUUAACUCAGGCCCAGAUCUUUGACUACAACCAAAUACCAAACUUUCUCAAAAGUACAGUGCCAGGUCAUGCUGGUCGAUUGGUGUUUGGGAUUUUGAGUGGCAGAGCCUGUGUGAUGAUGCAGGGCAGGUUCCACAUGUCUGAAGUCUACCUGCUCUGGAAGGUGACAUUCCCAGUGAGGGUUUUCCGGCUUCUGGGUGUGGACACCCUAGUGGUCAUCAAUGCAGCUGGAGGGCUCAACUCCAAGUCUGAGGUUGCAGAUAUCAGGCUGAUCCUUGACCACAUCAAUCUAUCUUGUUUCCGCAGUGAGAACCCUCUCAGAGGGCCCAGUGGUGAUAGGUUUGGAGUUAGUUUCCCUGCCAUGUCUGACUCUUAUGACCAGGAUAUGAAGCAGAAGGCUCAUAGUACCUGGAAACAAAUGGGGGACAGAGAGUUACAGGAAGGCACCUACGUGAUGGUAGCGGGCCCCAGUUUUGAGACUGUGGCAGAGUGUCAUCUGUCGCAGAAGCUGGGAGUGGAUGCUGUUGGCAUGAGCACAGUACCAGUUGUUAUAGUUGCAAGGCACUGUGGACUUCGAGUCUUUGGCCUCUCCCUCAUCAAUUACAAGGUCAUCUCGGAUUAUGAAAGCCAGGAGAAGGCCAAUCAUGAGAAAGUACUAGAGGCUGGGAAGCAAGCUGCUCAGAAAUUGGAACAGUUUGUCUUCAUUCUUCUGGCUAGCAUUCCACUGCCUUAUGAUGCCAGUUAA